AUGGCCGUUUAUGCAUCCCAGAUGUCGAACUCAACUCAGAAUAAUGACCAUUUCAUGGAUGAUCCAGUCGAAAUUUGCGACUCAAGUGAUGAAGACGACGAUACAAGACAUCAAACUAUACUGCAACUGCCAGAUAGCACAUUUGCUUUCCAGUUCGAUAAUAGCCACAUAAAGUCUGAAUUGAACGAUUUUGUACAAAGUGACACUGACAAUGGAAGUCACACUAAAAUGCCAGAGGCACGCUCUAUUGGUCUUGACUACCACAAAGAAGUCUUACAAAGCCAAGAUGGGAAUGGCAUCAACACAGUAACUGACUCAACGAUGGGAGAAGAGGCGCUGGAAGUGAAGGAUGGAUCAUCAAUCGAAACCAAAAUGAAAAGAUCGGCCAGACACCCAAGAAAAAUGGUUAAUGCUCGUUCGACUCCAAAAUCAUUAAAGAGCAAAAUGCCAGCAAAUCAGUUCAAGAUCAAGAAGCACUUCACGUGCCAAAUUUGUCAACAUUCCAGCAAUGACAGCACAAAUUUCAAACGACACAUGCACACUCAUACCGGUGAAAAGCCGUUUCAAUGUGAUAUUUGUCGCCAAGAAUUCACCCGGUUAGCCAAUAUGAAAAAGCACAAAGUGACUCACACCGAACAAAUCCCGUUCCAUUGCCGAGGCUGUUUCAAAGGAUUUUUCCAGAAGUCCGAUCAAGCAUCACAUGAAAAAGUGUGCAAAUCACGUCGAUAUGAAUGCCAUAUCUGCAAGAAGUAUGUCAAUGUGGAUAAAGCUCAGUUGAAAAGGCAUAUGCGAAAUCACAACGGUGAAAAACCAUUUCGAUGCGAGAUUUGUAUGAAGCGUUUUACACAGAAGUCUAGUUUGAAGGAUCAUUUGGGCAACAUCCAUACCAGAAUCAAUCCAUGAAUUCAAACAAUGUUUGAUGAUAUCUCGAAA